AGCGGUAGAGCCAUUUUUACUGUUGAGUAACUGCAUGCUGGUCUAGCAGUGAGAGAGAGAGCCUGAACAUGAGGUAGUGGAAUAAAAUACGACCUCAGGAUCUUUCUGGAGUACUCUUUCGGAUCUUAUUUUCUGCUUUUCUUCUUUAUACACAUCUUGCUUUUUGGAUGUGUCCACUCUUUUGGGGGAGGCCCCAGAGAGGACACACAAUGGAGCGAAGAGCCUGUAGCAACUGGGCUGUUGUACUGCCGAGAGGGGGAUGGGGUAGAGAGAGGACCGGUUCACACAGCUAACAGAGCCUGCUGGCUGUAGGUUUCCAACAGCCUCUCCUUCCUGCCUGGCCAUACUGUUUCCAGUCUGGGCUUCUUUCCUGGAGCAACCAUUUUUACCUCUUACACACUUCCUGGUCUACAUAAAGGAUUACACACCAUGUUUUUUGGGACUUGAGAACAAAUCCCUUAGCUUGAGGAAUGAAUGGGUUUGGAAUAACCGAGAAGAAAAAGUAACUUCUCACUAGUUCGUCUGUGGUGGUUUUUUUUUUUUGGUUUCUGUUUCUGUUUGGUGGAACUGAUAUCUGACAAGAUGCAUUCCAAGUCAAAUGAUUUACUGGAUUUUCAAAAACUGGACGCCCUGCUGGAAAAAAUUGCACAUUCAGUCUCUGUGAAAAGAGAUUCCAGUGAGGAGUGCAAUGGGAUCAGUAAUGCUCUGUCAGUGGAAUCUGUGCCGGGGCCAAGACUAAAUUGGUGUUCAGCCAACACCACCACCCUUGCCCCUACUUUUGCUCCAGUUCCCGCUCCGGGACCUGAGCCUACGCCUAACCCCGUCAGAAUGGGAGACGGUCUGGAAACUGCACAGAUGUCAGGCAGCAGCCAGGGGCAGACUCAGCAAAUGGGCAAUCCCCCGCCCCCGGAGUAUUUCAAUCCCAACAGGCCAAAGCGCCAGACCAAUCAGCUGCAGUACCUACUUAAAGCGGUGGUAAAAACCCUGUGGAAGCACCAGUAUGCCUGGCCUUUUCAUUCACCGGUGGAUGCCGUUAAACUCAACCUGCCUGAUUACUACACUAUAAUUAAAACACCUAUGGACAUGGGAACAAUCAAAAAAAGACUUGAGAACAGCUACUACUGGAAUGCCCAAGAAUGUGUUCAGGACUUCAACACGAUGUUUACCAACUGCUAUAUAUACAACAAGCCUGGAGAUGAUAUUGUUUUAAUGGCUGAGGCUCUAGAAAAGGCUUUCCUUCAAAAGGUGGCAGAAAUGCCUCAGGAAGAAAUAGAGAUUCCGGUCAUGACAGGAAAGGGACGUGGCCGAGGCCGGAGAGACGCUGGUAUAAACUUGAAACCAGGCGCCAUCAUUGAUUCUUCAUCCCCGACCCCACAAACACGUGGCCUGUCAAGCCUCCCAGCUACUCCGCAGGCCAGAGGACCAAUGCAGGCACCACCUUUGCUACCUCCCCAUCCUUCAAUGCAGGCUCUGCCUUCCCUUGUGCCCCAGACGUUACCCAGCCUUGCACCACAGCUCCAACCACCGUACACGAUGGUUCAGUCAGACUGUGUUCCUCAAGUUCCCAUUAUGACUUCUGUGCCUCUCCCUACUCAGACCUCUCUUCCUCCGGUAUCGAUUCAGAACACUGCCCCUAUUCUGCAGAGCCCUAUAACUAUGACCAAACCAAAAAAGAGCCAAAAACGGAAAGCGGACACUACAACACCCACAGCUAAUGACCAGCUAAGUGAGUCUUCACCUGCAGAAUCGAAGUCUGGGAAGACGUUACCCAGGCGAGAGAGUAACCGACCACCGAAACUGUUAAAGAAAGAGGCUCCAGACUCCCAGCAUCACAUAGGCUUGGUAACAGGACUGGGUGGUCCGAGUGGAGGUCUUAGCCCCAAACCACAGGAUCAGCUAGGUUAUUGUUCUGGUCUAGUUAGAGAGAUGUUAUCCAAGAAACACGCUGCUUAUGCUUGGCCAUUUUAUAAACCUGUUGACGUGGAUGCACUGGGAUUACACGAUUAUCAUGAUAUCAUCAAGCAUCCAAUGGACCUAAGUACCAUCAAGGCCAAAUUGGAGGCAAAGCAAUACCGAGAUCCCCAGGAGUUUGCUGCUGAUGUAAGGUUAAUGUUUUCCAACUGCUACAAAUACAACCCACCGGACCACGAAGUAGUAUCCAUGGCACGAAAGCUGCAGGAUGUGUUUGAGAUGCGCUUUGCGAAAAUGCCAGAUGAACCUGAACCCAAGCCAGUGGUUUCUGCCCCAACUCCUACACUUCACCACCCUGCCCCUGUGAAGCCCCAGCCCCCUGUGGCACACAUCCCCUCGUCUUCAGACAGCUCCAGUGACUCAUCCUCUGAGUCUGAGUCUUCCACUGAUGACUCUGAAGAGGAAAGAGCCCAGCGGUUAGCAGAACUCCAGGAGCAGCUGAAGGCUGUCCACGAGCAGCUGGCUGCCCUGUCCCAACCUCAAGCCAGCAAACCAAAGAGAAAAGAAAAGGAAAAGAAGGAGAAGAAAAAAGAUAAGCAUAAGAAGAAGGGCAGCAUUCCAAGCCUUGUAGAUGAGAUCCACGAUGCCACACCAGUUUCACAGCUGCCCAAGAAAACAAAGAACAUGAACAGCAACAAAGAUGUUACUAAGAAGAAAUCCAGUAAAAAAGACGGAUUGAAAAAUAAUCACCCACCAAGUCUGCAGCUUGUGCCAAGCAUGGAGGACGAUCUCGGGACAACUGGGCCGUCUGUUCCGGGGGAGAAAUGCAAGCCUAUGACUUACGAAGAGAAGAGGCAGCUAAGCCUGGACAUUAACAAGCUUCCUGGUGACAAGCUUGGCCGUGUAGUACAUAUUAUUCAGUCCAGAGAGCCUUCGCUCAAAAACUCAAACCCUGAUGAGAUUGAGAUUGACUUUGAGACCCUGAAGCCUUCAACUCUGCGUGAACUAGAAAGAUAUGUGUCAUCCUGCCUCAAGAAAAAAAAGAAGGUUCCAGUUGCUUCUAUAGCUGAGAAAACCAUUGAGUCGGUGGCUUCUUCCAAAAAGACGGUAUCUUCUUCUGAAAGCAGUGGCUCGAGCUCAGACAGUGAUGCUGAUGGAUCAGGAAUGAUCAAACAGCCAAAGAAGAAGAGCCAAUCUGUGAAAGAGGCAAAGAAGACGCAUCCUGUGGUUCAGACAGGCUCUGCACAGGUUGCGUUUCAGUCCCAACCUGUCAUCUCUCAGGCCACCAGUCAGAUGAAGCAACAGCAGCAUCAACCGUCUCCUGCAGGCUUUAUGGCUCCUCAACCUGUAGCUGCUCUGGAGUCGUCCCACUUACUGGAAAGCUACGAUUCCUUGCCUCCUUUCAGCCAGUCGAUCAUGCAUAUGCCUCACCACACAGGCAGCACUUCCCCUACACCUCAAAAUACGAAUGCUCAUUCUGCUGAAUCAGUGUCUCCUGAAACGCACCCCUUCCUCAACCAGCAUCCAGUCCUCCCUUCUCCAGCUCUACACAGUUCUAUGCCUCAGCAGCCGUCUCGGCCGAGUCACAAGGCAGCGCCUCUUCAUCCAAAACCCCCUCAGCAACAACCAGCCCCACCUCAGCAGCAGCCCGCUCUUCAGCAGCAGCAACAGCAGCAGCUCCAGCCUCAGGCAGCUCCCCCACCACAGCACCAACUUCCCUCUCAGAUUCUUCACACUCAUCAACCGCUGCACCAAAGGCCAUUGUCACCACCCACCCUCACCCCUCAAGGUUUGAUAUCUUCCCAGCCACCCCAGAUGCUGUUGGAAGAUGACGAAGAGCCUGGGUCAACAACACCUAUGAACCAAGUGCAGUUAUUCCUAGAGCAGUUCCAGCCGGCUCGUCAGCCCCAGCAGUCCAUUCCGCCUCACCAGGCACCGGUUCGGCAGCAGCAGCUGGGACAGACUUCUCUAUUGCAGUCUGGGACGAUCCAGGGACAACCCCAGCUCUCCACACAGACUUUGCUCCCUCCUCCACAGCUUUCUGUUCCAUCUCAAGCCCAGCCCGCUCCGUCACAUCAACCCCCACCUCCACAGAUACCCAUUCACCAGGCCCGCCACUUGCAAAACACUCAACAUCUACAGCAGCUGAACUAUCAGCAGGGUUCUGGACUCACUGCUCAGUCCCAGGCUUCACAACACAAUAUUGCAAUCCCCACCAACAAAGCGCCACAGAUUAUUCAGCGGCAGCAAGAGCAGCCCUCCCCUCGUCCAUCCAAACCCGACCCCUACAACACUGGACACAUCAGAGAUAACCCAUCUCCUCUCAUGAUGCAUUCCCCACAUAUGUCCCAGUUUCCAAGCGUUCCUCACUCAUCCCCACCUCAAAACAUCCAACCCAAGAAGCAGAGAGCAUCUGGAAGCAAAGGUGCCAUUAAGGAGGAAAAGCUUCCUUCAUCACCAGUCAUGAGAGGAGAGCAGUUUAAUCCUGCCAUGAGAACAGACCAUCACAAACAUCCUGAUAUCAAACAAAGUCAGACCGGUCAAGGUCAACAGAAUGUGAAGUCCGUGGAUAUUUCACGGCCGGUCAGUCGCUCAUCUGAGCCCUCUGGGCCGCCCCCCACACUGCAGGAAAAGGAGAAAUUCAAGCAGGAGCCUAAGACCCCUAUUGCUCCAAAAAAGGUACAGGAUGUGAAACUCAAAAAUAUGGGCUCAUGGGCAAGUCUGGCGCAUAAGUCAACCUCUACAACCCAGUCUGCAGUAAAGUCAUCGAGUGACAGUUUUGAGCAGUUCCGCCGUGCGGCCCGGGAGAAAGAGGAGCGGGAGAAAGCCCUGAAAGCCCAGGCAGAGGCAGAAAAGGACCGGCUGCGCAGAGAGCAGGAUAAGCAUCGAGGGCGAGAUGAAGAGGAUGUCAUUGAGGCUCCGCCCAGAAGAGUGCAUGAGGAGUCUCGUGGUCGCCUUGAACAGCAGCACGUUCCAGCCCCUCCUCAACAACAGCCGCAGGUGCAGCAGGAAUCCCAGCCAGCUGCCAUUCAGCAACCUCCUCAACCACCUACACCGCCUCAGCCCAGCUCACAGAACUCACUAGAUCAGCAGAGGGAAAUAGCACGCCGUAGGGAACAGGAGAGGAGGAGGAGGGAGGUGCAGGCCGCAGUUAUUGACAUGAAUUUUCAAAGUGACAUAAUGGCCAUCUUUGAGGAGAACUUGUUUUGAGGAGAGAAGGACUAGAGAUGAACUGCAAGGAAGAGGGGAGGGGGAGUAAAUGAUGAAAGCAUCCUCAUGAAUUUAAAAACCCUGGCAUCCAUGCAGCGCAGACUUUAUGCAUACAUAACCAGCCCUGCUGAGACUGAAAACAAACGCUGGCUGGAGAAGUGGUUACGGCUCACUUUGGCCUCAUCGGGUGAACUCAUGGAGGGGUCUCCCAUUGUGUUGGAUGUCAUUUUGUUGGAAUCCAGCACUGCUUUGCCUGAUCUCUAGUUGAGGAAGAAAAAGGACCCUUUUUUUGGCACAGUAGCCUUUAUCAGACUCAAUUCUCUCACUGUGUGUUGGCACAACAAUACCGCAGGAGUAAAGACAUCCCGAUUCUGGAGAUUCUAAAAUGCUCUGAAAUACUGACAGACUGCGCAGAAGUAUUUUGAAACUGCCAGAUGUCUAAAAUAGUGAAGAAAUUGUCUUUUAUGUUGUUAAUUUUGUUGUUAGUGAACACUUUUUUUUUUUUCUUUUUAUAUAUGGUGGGGAGGGGUGGGGGCAACUUCCAUACUGUAAAUCAUGUAUAUUUCUCAGCAGAGAAGGUACAGUUUGCCUUACAUCUUUUUCCUAAAUAGACAAUUAUGUUGAAUGGCCUGCACACAUGGACGAACCAAUAACAUUUACAUACAGAACCACAAGCCGUGCAGACGUGUUUUUUUUUUUUUUCUUUGUUCACCAUCUAGGAUCUACUGUAAAAAGAAUAUUUUCUUAUACUUCAAUAACUUUUUAUUUUGGAACUUGUCUGCUUUUCCACAUCGGUUAUUUUAAUCUUUGCACCAACACACUCCCACCACCUAUGCCAAACAACUCGUAUGCUAAAUUACUUCUUCUAGAGCAUCAUAGAUAGAGGGCAAGAACAGAAUAUAUGCAUUAUCAUAGCUCCAGGGCGUAUUUAUCACAGAAAAGAUCAGUUUUCAUCUUGUAUUUGUCUUUUAAAAAACUACAAACAACAAUAUAUCAGAGGAGUUAAAGAGCCAGUUGUUUCUGAGCUUUAGUUGAAUUUCACUACAAGUGUCGUUAUAAUUGUUUUACUAUCAGGUUUGACAUUCAGCUGUUCACAGCAGUGACUUCUGGAUUGGAUAAGCCCCUUUUGCCUUUUAUGAUUCUGUUGUGGCAAAAACCUCUGCUUAAAGUAACAAAAAUGCAAUUAAUUAAAGACAUUUACAUCUUUGUAGCUGAUAUAUGAAACACAUAAUGAGUUGAGAACAGAGUUCACACUUUGAAUCCUAUCUUGAUUCACAACAGGAACUCUAGACAUAAAAGAAACAACCAACAACUGAAAACAAAAAAUGCAAAAAAAGGUUUGAAUUUCUAUCUGUUCUUGUUUUAUAAUAGUGGAUGUAAGUUCUAAUACUGUUCCUGGAGAUAUUGUUGGAGCUGGGCUAGAAUCUGAACACAUGUUGUCCUCUCUAUUUGUCUCCUAAAAAUAUUGUUUCUUUUUUUUUUUUUUUUUCUCCAGUGCCUGUAUUGUAUUGCAAUUCUUGUUGGCUUCUAUUACACUUCGAGGGGACUUAGAAAGUGGCACAUUAUGACUGGGAGGUGUAAUAUUUAAAAAGGGGAGGGAGAUUUUUGACAGAGUUUGUGUUUUAAAAAAAAAAAAAGGUAAAGACAGCAUUUUAUAUUUUACCUGUUGUCAAUAUUCUGGUUUUAAAUUUAGUUUUUAGCUGGGCUUCUUUAAGUGUAAACAUCUGACAAACUACUUUCUCAUUUUGUUCUCUCAGCAGAGUUUAGCUAGAUGUGUUUCAACGUUUUUCCACAUUAGCGUUUUCAGUCUGGUCUCUAAGUUUGAUUGUGUACAUUUGGGCGGCAGUGUGAAUGUGUGAGUGUUUUCUUUGUUCUUUUUCACUGUGUGGUGCAGAGAGGCAUGUUCCCAGAUGUAGAUAAACGUUCUGUUGACAAAGACUAAAAAGAUGAGCAGGAGAGGUUUAGUGCUUAAUUCACUUUUAUAAAUUUCUUUGAAGUCCACCAUGUAUGAAUAUAUAAUGUUAUUAUUAGACCUGUUUCAAAAGUGUUAAGAAAACUUUUCAUUCCUUUCUAUCUUUUCCUUCCCUCAUUAACUGUUGGACAUGAUGUGCCAUGGGUUCUACAGAGAAUGUGCUGACAAGCAGCUCAGCCCACAUUUUGCUUUAUUCAGGUAUUUUAUUUUUGUGUUGCAUUUGUUCUGUUUUUUGGGGGGGUUAUUAUAACAUUUCCUCAGUUUUGUUUUGGUAUGUGAGUGGUCUCUUGAGGUCUCUGAAUCGUAUGUUAUGAUCAUUGAAUAAACUCAUCUGUUUUUUAGAAAAUAAAAACAUUGACU